CAAUUCCCCGCCCACCCCCCGGUUCUGUGAUAUAAACAAACAUGGCGCUUUCAUUUUGCCAAAGUGAAAAACAUUGAAGAAUAGUUUCUCUGCAAUCAUGUGAGGUCCAGGAGCUUCGACACUUAAAGCAGAGGUAAGGUAAAAGAAUAUACCGCCUUAAGACUGUGUAGUUUUGUACUUCGAAUGGCUGAUAUUGUACUUUUUCUUAGGAAAAAAUUCAAAAAAUCUGCAUGUGUAUAAUUAACAAAUUACAUAAAUAACUCUUUAUAUUCAUUGAAUAUUAACUAGCUAAUAUGUCUUCUGUGGCUAAUUUUUCCUUCGUGCCUUCCCGCAUGUUUCAGGUGAAACCCUCUGGUUAUUACUUAAGUCAAUUCUAUUAAUUCAAUGUCGUUGGUUGGUCGGAAGGCAGGCGAGAAGUUUUGGGGUUUUUUAUGUUUAUACGCCUUUGGAAGGCUGUUGCCAUUAAAUUGGUUUAUAUCGUAAACAUCGGAAAUGGAAUAUAACAAGGACAGUCAUAAAACUAUCCUUAAAAAGCAAAAAUCGUUGCCUCUGACAAAGAGUAAGAAUGUACACUUCGCUGAUGUAUGUGGUCUUAGUCUUGUGUCGGUGCAUAAAAUCUCCAUGGACGAUCUAACUGUGCCCUCGAAUUCAGAUCUGAAAAACGAGAUUACGAAAGAGCUAAUCCUUGCAUUUGCACAGCCGAUUGCAUUGGGUAAUUUUGUAGAGCGUUUGAAAAGGCUUAGCGUCUCGUUGGAAAAUGUAUUGGUGUCAAAUUGUGCUAUAAUGGGCACGAUAAAAGUUCGAAACAUUGCCUAUGAAAAAAAUGUAUUCGUUCGAUGUACUUUUGAUAGCUGGAAAACCUUUGAAGAUAGUAACGGCAGUUACGUACCAUUGUCAUAUGAUGGUAACUACGAUCGUUUCUCGUUCGCGCUGACGGUACCAAGCACCAUCAAGCAUGGUGAUAAAGUCGAGUUUGCAAUAUGCUACAAAACGGUCUCACCUGACAAUGAACUCUGGGAUAACAAUGACGGCAAGAAUUAUGUUAUUGAAUGUAAAGAGAAAUGCAUGGCCAGGAAUCCUUCCUAUAGCUUGCUGUGGAACCAUGUUAUACCCAAUUAUAGAAGAUAACGGUUCUUCCAAGAUUAAUAAUGAGGCAAUUAGACCAAAUAAAAAAAUACUUGGUUACCGUCAUUGCCUGCCUGUCUAUUUUUGGCACCUCUGAAAUCUUUUUAUGUAAAUCUCUUUGUUGAAACAAGGUUCUUAUAUCAAAAUGGCAGCCUUCGCAACAUCAGUACAAAAAAUAUCACCGAUAUAGUGGAAAAACCACCCUCUUCCCCCCAAAAAAUACUAUUAAAAAAUUUAAAAAAUGAGUAAAAAUUUUUAAAAAAAGCCCUCCCAGCUCUGAAAAUUUGUGAAAGUGUGAUGCUAACCAAGUAUUUUUUUUAUUUGGUCUUACAUUAGAAAGUAUAGCUAGUAGAACAUCCAAAGGGGAUGUAAACUAUCGGAAAGAGCUGUGACCAAAAUAAUGCAGAUUAAAUAGCCAUUAUACUGGCAAUGAAAAUAUUUAGGGAAAACAUUGCAAGGCAAUUGGCAAAUAACAGGUUAACCAUAGACAGAUUUUGCUCUGGGGGUGUUGCAAAUUCAGGGGGGGGGGGGAGAUGAGCGUGGGGCAUGUAGUGCUGUCAAGCAAGUUACAGCAGAUAUCUGGGGGCACAGUUGCUAGUGGGGUAAGAGGGUGAUUUUUAUCUUAGUUCAAAAUCCUUGUUUCUAUCAUACUGCUGUCAUUUAACCCAACAAGCAUAUAAAUUUCUAGGGGGGUGCAAAUUGUUGUGUGGCAGGAAAACUGUCUAGGAAGGUGCAAUAUAUUUUGGGGGUGCACCCCCAGAAAAUAUGUCUGCGAGGUUAAUAAAUUUCUUGGUUGUAAAAUAGUCGGGAUACAAUACGUGUUAAAUAUUUUUUUACUGACAAUAUGAAUUUAUAUAAAUGUAUGUGCGUUUACAUUAAAUUGUGAGAUAUAGCUAAUUCUAAUAAAGCUACAUACAGUACUUAUACAGUUAACUUUCAAAGGUAUAUAACUUUAGAUAUUUAAUUUCAAUAAUUUAAUAUUGUUUAAUAAUUAGGAAUAUGUGCCAACAAUGCUUUACUAUUACCCAUUUUUCAUCGAUCAUUCACGAUUAAAUCCUUAGGCUCAGUUUCACGGACUGGACUACAGCAUGCUUCCCCUACCAGCGGGGUGCAUGCUGUAGGCUUGCUCCUUGUAGCCUGCCGAGGACAGGACUUGACUGAGCCUCAUUUUCUGAUUCAAUUAUUAUGAUCAACGAGCAGGGCGACAUAGCCAGAAGAAUUGAUUGACCGACAUAUAGUGCCAAUUUUUUUAUUGUUAAAAGCAUUGCCAAUAAAGGCAAUAUUCACAGGGAAAAAAUUUAACUUUCGAUUAAUGGGUUUUUGAAUGUAAAAAAUGAACUCUUAUCAUUAUUGGUUAUUAUAGAUUUCCCGUAUGGUAAAUUAGUAAAAACCAUGUUGUUUAAUAUUACCAUAUUAAUGGUACUUUAUUAGGAAAAUACCAUUAAUUAAUACCAAAUGGGAAAUCUAUAAUAACCAAUAAUGGUAAGGGUUUUUACAUUGAUAGUAUACAUGGUAAACCAUUACAAAACCCAUUAAUGGAAUUUAAAUUUUUUUCUUGGGAUUUAAUUUUUUUCUUGGAUUGUAUUUGUAAUUUGUUUAAGAACUUGUUAAUAAUUAUUAGAUAAACGGUGUUUGCCGUGUCGAACGUUGCAUUGUGGUCAACCAUCAAAUUGGCGUGAUGCCCCUCUUUCCACAACAGCAUUUCCACCCAACUUUGUUAUCCAUUUAUUUCAUUUUUUCUUUGUCCACUUCAAAUCAUCUGUCCUAGGUUCAUACCCAGUCAGUUUUGUAAUGCACCAUUCUAUUGUCGGCCAAAACCCAAUCACCUCGAGAGGAUAAUUUAACCAACCUGUAGUUAUACAGAAGUAAGUCUCGUGCGGCGCCACGUGAUGGAUACGGUGAUGAGUCCUCGGUAGAAUAAUCUUGUAGUCUUGUAAGAACAUCACCCAUCGAGGCAACCCAAAGUAUGUAUGUGACCAUUUGUGAAUCUGAUUAGUCAAUGCGACAAAGAUUGCUAAUGCAAAUAUAUACCAGUCCCAAGCACAACAGUCGCGCAGUGUGACUCUGUCGAAGGUUAAGUGCUUAUAAACUACAUAGGAUAACGUUGGUAAAGUUAUUAGACAGUUAUCUCCAUUAGUUUCAAUGAUAUCGUGUCGUGUAAGAGCAGUCGGGUCCACGUGGUGCUCACGAAAUGGCCUGAUAAAUGCCUG